UACUGUCAGCUUGCCGCUGCCAUGUUUGGGUGUUGUCCUUGGGAUGGCAAGAGUAUACGGUGGUGGUUCGGUGACACAUGCUUGGCUGACUUAGUUCGUGGUGCACAGGUCACUGUUUCGGAUAGCAGAGGUCCUAUAGGUUGUUGUGCAAAUCCUUGCAGCACUAGAACUAAAAACAUGGUACGACUCUAUUUACUCCUCGUGCUACCCAGCAGCAACUGGAGCAGACACUCCGCGCAUCAGCGAAAGCCCUCCACGAAAGGAGCGUACUUCAAGUCUCGAGAGGGCAGCAGACAGUCUCCUCAUUUAUGGGUUUGGUGUCGUCACUACGAGGGACAUGACAGUAUAUACCGACGGUAACUGUACAUACCUGCUAUCACCAAAAGCUGGCUACUGAGACCACCAUUCUAAGUCUGUCCACAAUUACAAGCUUCCAACACCAACCAAACAGACUCUCGAAAUGCCUCUAGACCCGCGAUCUUCGACAGUGGACGCAAAGGCGUCGGACGCCUAUACCUGGCCGGCACCUUUCUCGUCUUUCACGGCAU